ACAGGAGUGGCGCUCACGAGCUCUUUACCAGCGUCCGGUCAGUCAGUGUCACUGGAAAGCUAGUGCGAUCCUCGGCAGUGUUCUGAGACUGCACUAACUGCUCCGGUCAUUACUGGGAAUGUCAUGAGAAUGGACAUUACGAAGGUGAAAUAACAAAAUAAAGGCAUUUGUGAGAAUAAUACGCGUUUUUCUUCUUUCGGAAAAGUUAAGGAAUCCAUUAUUGCCUAGUUCGCAAUACAAGGUCUUCAGCAUUGGGGCAUCAUGACAGCAGAGAGAGAAAGAAAAAGGCAUCCUUCAGAAAGGCGCAAGGAAAAGUCUCGGGAUGCAGCACGCAGCAGACGCAGUAAAGAGACUGAGGUGUUCUAUGAGCUGGCCCAUCAGCUGCCGUUACCCCAUAGCAUCAGCUCUCACCUGGACAAAGCCUCCAUCAUGAGACUAGCUAUCAGCUUUCUACGCACACACAAACUCUUCAACUCAGGCCGCACAGUGCAACAAACCCGGUACCAGGAUGACAGUCAGUUGGACAGUCUAUAUCUGAAGUCUCUGGAAGGCUUUGUUGCUGUGGUAACAUCAGAUGGAGACAUGAUAUUCCUUUCAGAAAACGUCAGUAAAUUUAUGGGUCUUACGCAGGUGGAACUGACAGGCCACAGCAUCUUUGACUUCACUCACCCCUGCGAUCAUGAAGAAAUCCGAGAGAAUCUCAGUGUCAAAUCAGGACCUGUGUAUGGCAGAAGAGGCAAAGAUAUGAGCACGGGCAGAGAUUUCUUUAUGAGGAUGAAGUGUACGGUCACCAACAGAGGUCGCACUGUGAACCUUAAAUCAGCCAGCUGGAAGGUGCUGCAUUGCACGGGGCAUCUGCAAGUGUGCAGCAGCCGACCCCCUCAAGUCCUGUGUGGGUUUUCGGAGCCACCCCUCACGUGUGUCACUUUGCUGUGCGCGCCGAUCCCACACCCCUCUAAUGUCGACACACCUCUUGACAGCAAGACGUUUAUGAGCAGACACAGUAUGGACAUGAAGUUUAUCUACUGCGAUGAGAGAAUCAGCAGCUUGAUUGGAUACCGACCAGAGGAACUUCUUGGCCGUUCGAUGUAUGAGUUUUGCCAUGCUUUGGAUUCUGAAAGCAUAACAAAGAGCCACCAAAAUCUUUGUAAUAAGGGCCAAGUGGUGAGUGGCCUGUACAGAAUGCUAGCGAAGCAUGGGGGCUACGUUUGGGUGGAGACCCAAGCAACCGUCAUCUACAACAACCGCAACUCCCAACCACAGUGCAUCAUCUGCAUCAAUUACGUCCUGAGUUCUGUUGAGGAGCAGUCCCUCAUCUUCUCCCUGGAUCAGACGGAGGCUCUUUUCAAGCCUUACCACAUGCGAAGCAUGGAAGAACUGUUCAGCCAGGGUGGAGCUUCCUCCGUUUCAGAAGCUCAGGACAUUCUUUUCACUAAGCUCAAGGAGGAGCCUGAGGAGUUAGCUAAGUUAGCGCCCAUGCCAGGAGACGCCAUCAUCGCCCUGGACUUUGAAAGGCCAGAGUUUGAAGAACCUACUUUCUUCUCCAAGUCCACCAAGCUUCCUGUGAUGGGACAGUCAUGGGUUGUGGACACUCCACCUGAUGGCAGUCCUGAUAGAAACUUGUCAAGCAUUCUCUCCACCUUCACCGUACCCCAGGUGCCUCCUGCGGGCAAUUGCACGCCCUGUACCACACCCUGCUUGAGUGGCUGCAGCAGUAUCUCUACACCUAGCAGUCCAGUAGAUUACUGUGAUUGCAGUGGAGAGAGUGAUGUGAAAGUGGAACUGACAGAGAAGCUAUUUGCUCCUGAAUCUGUAGCAACAAAUCCCACAGACUCCCAGUUGGACCUAAGUGAUCUGGACUUGGAGACUCUUGCUCCAUAUAUCCCAAUGGACGAUGAGGACUUCCAGCUGCACCCAGUUUGUCUGGAGGAGCCGGCGCCGGACUCAAGUCCAGGCGUGAGCAAAGCCCUCCAGCACAGCUUCAGCAGUUUAGCUGACCUCUUCAGGCCCCUGAGUCCAUUCCCUCCCGACAACAAGAGCAGUUCUCAAACGUGUCCAGACACGGCUCACGUGCAGCCUUUCCAAACCUCACUAAACGUCCCACUCUCGUCUGAGGAGGGUAGACAGAGUCUUCAGUGGCCCCCUGACCCACCAUCACAAUAUCAACUCACAGAUAUUAGAUGCAUGGAUGACGGAAACACAACAGAUCCAGGACAAACAUGCAGUUUCACUGCUGUGCUGCCACAGCAAAGGUUCUUUGAGAGCUUUGCCCCAGUACAGAAAGACAUGAGUAUGGGACAGAUCACUCUCCACAACAACUUCAAGCGGAAGCGGCCGUCAGAGUUCGGUUUGUCAUGCUCUUUCUCCGAUAUUCCAAAGCAGGUGGUACCGCCUCACAACUCUACAGAUGGAAUGCGAAAAAGGAUGAAGACGAUGAACGUCGACAGCUGUGCCUUCUCUGUCAGAAAGUCUCUCAGCACGAGUGUUCUCACAGACAAAUUUCCAUGCAUGCAAAGUGGAUUUGUUGCUUUUCACGGCUGCAGUCAAUCUGUCAAAGGGACCUCAGAGGAUCUCAAACAGCAUUUCACAGAGUCAUUCUGCUCUCCCAGUAACAGACAAUACCACAUGAUGCCUUCACACAAACACUCAGGCAUGAUAAGUCAACUGUUGGGCCCAUCCUUUGACUCGUACUGUCUGCCAGAGCUGACACGAUAUGACUGUGAGGUAAACGUGCCUCUACAGGGAAACUUGCAUUUGCUUCAGGGCAGUGACCUUCUGAGAGCCUUGGACCAGAUCAAGUAAACCCAGACCUUCUUCAGCGACCCAUUCACCCAAUGCUUUUUCAUCCCAUCUUUGUCUGUAUAUGCUGUUGUCUUGUAUGCAUGUAUAAUCAGCCUUUAUUUAGACCUAUUUGUACAUUUUCCUUUAACAUCUAUGUGAUAUUUUAAUAUAUAUUUGACAAAUCUGAUUGUUACUUGUUUAGAAUGUGUUCCACGUUCUGUGCUAUAUCUCAGACUCUAAUAUUGUCUUGUGCCUUCAGAUGCUUAGUGUUCUUAACAUUUAUGGUCAGAUUUACCAGAUUCACUGUUGCAGACUUUGUUAUCUUUAUGAAUUUCAACUAACUAGAGCAUAUACAAAAUAUAAUAUUAUAUAUAGUAUAAAUGGUAGUUUAAUUUGUAACUUAUUCAUUCAGCUUGGCAUACAAAUGCUGUUUAUAUAAGUUUUGCAAAAACGAUUGCCUUAAAUAUUUGUUUCGAAUUUGUACCAGCAGCAAAUGUCUCUCGGAAAUGUGUCUGUUUAGAACAUUAUUAGUGGAAUCUUAUGCCUCAACUAUCCCCUAUGCUACCCUCAACACAUAUCAUAAUGAGUAAAAUGCUGUAUUAAAUGUAUAGUUUCUUUCAUUUAAAGCACUUUAUUUUAAAAGAUGCAAUUGGAAGACCAAAAUGAAAAAGCCCCAGUAUAGUGGAUGUCUUGGCCAUCUUCUCAGGCCCACCGAACACUAACCCUUCUCUAUAAUAUCUUUUUUCAACUGAAUUGUAAAUUCAAAAUAUUAUUUUCUUAUACAAACAUAUUGUGUCUACAUUAGAUGAGGUUAGAGUUUUAAGCUCUGGAUCUCUGUAACACAUGAAAUAAUGUUUGUAUUUGGUGUUCAGAAGUGCCUUGGUACUUGGUCUUGUCUACCUAGCAGUAGACGGAGAUGAAUCUGUAGCUUUCUCAUUUACAGUACAUAUCUAAUAUAUACGUUUAUUCGAUUUUGUAUUGUGUAUCACCUUGUUGUGAUACAUUGGGGUUUCUGUGUGUUUCUUAACAAAAUAUAUAAAGCAAAUUUUAUCGUAUA